AUGGAUUCCGAAUUAGUUAUUCUUCAUAUUUACUCAAUUUCAGAACGAGUUAAUCGUUUUUCUUUAAUGUUUGGUCUUGGUCUUUAUCAUACAGCUGUUGAAGUUUAUGGUAAAGAACAUUCAUUUGUUGCUCAUCCAUUUAAAUUUACUGGUAUUAUUUCAACUAUACCAAAAACUGCUGCUUAUAUCUAUCAAGAAGGACUUGAUAUGGGACGAACAAAAAUAAAUAAACAAACAGUUGGUACUGUUUUGAAAGAAUUAGGAAAAAUAUUUAUUGGUAGUUCCUAUCAUCUUGUAUAUAAUAAUUGCAAUCAUUUUGCAAAUGAAUUUCUUAAACGUCUUUGUAAUGAAAAACUACCUGCAUAUAUUAAUCGAGCAGCUAAUUCUGUUUGUUGUUUACCAUUUCUUGACGCGAUGUUUAGUGCUAAAACAGAUUCUGAAAGAUUUUUUGUUGAAGUACUCUAUUUAACAUGUAAUGGAGAUAUGAAUUGUGUUAUGAAUAUACUUGAUGUUGAACAACAAACAAAUCUUUCACGUUAUGUAUCUUAUAUAGAAGUUUCAUUUGAAGAUCAUUCAAUACCUAAAUGUCUUCCUUAUUAUCCUGUAAUUAAAACUUAUAAUCCAUUUACACCAUCGAAACCAAGUGUUGAACUUAUUAAAAAGAAUUUAUGUACAAAUUUUAUCUUUGCUCAAUCAAAAGAUAUUUAUGAUUUUGCUUUUGACCUCUACGAAGAAUUAAAAUUAAGAAGUUUAAAUAAUAUUAAUCUGACUAAUUACACUGCAAUAGUUAUUCCAGAACCAAUAAUUCAGCAUGAUAUAUCAUCAAGCGCUGAUUAUUCAACUGAUAUUCAUCGUUAUUUAAAUCAUCUUCAACAUAUGUUAAUUGAAACAAUUAGAGAGCCUACGAUAUCCGGACAACAUAUUCUUGAUAAUUGA